UUCUUUAGCCAUUUUGGGAUUGACCCAGUUGGGAUUGCUCGUGCAAUGGUGUCGUUUUCGGCUCUUGGCGGUGGUAGCACGAUUACCCAGCAGAUGGUCGGGAUAUAAAAAGGUGUUAAUGCACGGCACGCCAAUCUUCUUCGUUUAGCAAACGACUUGCUGAGGUUUGACCGGCACCGAGAUUUUAAUAUAUUGCCACCCCUGCUGAUGUAGACGCCGAAUAAACGAUUUACAUCUACUUUGUCUACCAAUUAGGAACAAGUUGGUGGAGAGAGAUAGUCAACGCUAACGUAAAACACAGAAGGAGAAUUGGAGAAAAGACACGGAGAUAACAGAAUAGGCCAUUUCCAGUCUCAACAAUACACCCCUUCGUCUCACUUGUUUUUGCUCUUCGUUCCAUCAAACCCCUGCAUGGGGUCCUUCUUAUUCAUCCCUACUGCUUUCUUACUUUUUGUUCUCCUUGUUCUCGUCUCCGGUGGAUCUUUCUCAGAGUUCAUAUACCCGAAUUUCUCAGCUUCACACUUUCAAUUCGUUGACAACGCCGGCGGUGCCUUCUUGUCCUCUCGAAAUGGAACAUUUAAAGCUGCUAUUGUCAAUCCUGGUGCUGAACAACCCAACUUCUACUUGUGCAUCAUCCAUGUGGCAUCCAACACCGUCAUCUGGACUGCAAAUCGUAAUGCUUCCAUAUCAGCUUCUAGUAAGAUGAAUCUAACGGCUAAAGGUGUUAGCAUUUCAGAUGAGGAUGAUAAUCCCGUAUGGUCAACUCCAUCAUUGAAGUCACCAGUUUCUGCAUUACUGCUGAAUGAAAUGGGUAAUCUUAUCCUUCUUGAUCAAUUCAAUGGUUCCCUUUGGGAAAGUUUUCAUUAUCCAACCGACACGAUUGUGAUUGGACAACACUUACCAGUUGGGUCAUUUCUGUCCAGUACUCGAUCAAAUUUUUCAAUUGGUGAUUACAGGCUCAUAAUAAGUGAUUCUGAUGCGAUACUUCAAUGGCUUGGACAGACAUAUUGGGAAUUGUCAAUGGAUACAAACGCUUAUAGAAACUCGAAUUAUAUAGUGGAAUAUAUGUCCAUUGACAGAACAGGUCUUCAUCUGCUUGGUCGUAAUGGAACAGUGGUCGUGAUUCAGGUACUCUUGUCAUCUUCUGACUUGCGAAUUGCCAAGUUGGAGUCCUCUGGCCAAUUUACUGUCAAAAGUUUAUCUGGUACUGACUGGAAGCAAGAAUUUGGCGGGCCAGCUGAUGAUUGUCAAAUUCCAUUGGUUUGUGGCAGAAUUGGUUUGUGUACUGCAUCCACCAGCCAUACUUGUUCAUGCCCCGCAAGCUUCCAUGCAGGUUCAGAAGAUACUGGCGGUUGUGUGCCAAGUGGUUCUUUUUCUUUGCCGUUUUCUUGCAACUCAACCAUUAAUGGUAGUCAGUUGAAUUCACCAGCCAUUUCAUAUAUCAGGCUUGACUACGGUAUGGAUUAUUUUGCCAAUGUUUUCUCUGAGCCUGUAAAAUAUGGUGUUAAUUUGUCAACCUGUCAAGCUCUCUGCUCAAAUGACUGCACUUGCUUGGGAAUUUUUUAUGAAAAUUCAUCUGGUUCUUGCUAUACACUUAAAGACGAGUUGGGUUCCAUUUUUGUGAGUAAUACAGCCAAAAAUGACCUGUUGGGCUACAUCAAGGCUCUUGUUGGAUCUUCUCCAUCAAACUUCAGUGAUAAUAAGAAUCCCAGCAAUCAAAGCAAAAACUUUCCUGUAGCUGCUCUGGUGCUUUUGCCGUUCAGUGGGUUCUUUCUGUUGGUAGCUCUAGGUUUCCUCUUGUGGGGAAGACGGAGACAGUCAAAGAAAAAAGAGAUAAAAUUAGGGCAUUUUGGUUCACUUUCUUCAGGGGAUAUGGAUGCCUUCUAUAUCCCAGGUUUACCUAAGAGGUUUGAUUAUCAAGAACUUGAAGUGGCUACAGAUGAUUUCAAGACCCUGAUUGGGUCAGGUGGGUUUGGUGCUGUGUAUAAGGGUGUUCUACCUGAUAAAACUGUUGUAGCUGUAAAAAAGAUAAUAAAUUUAGGUGUUCAAGGGAAAAAAGAUUUCUGCAGUGAGAUUGCAGUAAUUGGUAAUAUUCACCAUGCCAAUUUGGUCAAACUGAAAGGUUUUUGCGCCCAAGGGAGACAACGCCUUUUGGUUUAUGAGUAUAUGAAUCGUGGGUCACUUGACCGCAGUCUUUUUGGUAGUGGACCAGUAUUAGAAUGGCAAGAGAGGCUUGAUAUAGCACUAGGGACAGCCCGUGGGCUUGCAUACCUGCACAGUGGGUGUGAACAGAAGAUAAUCCAUUGUGAUGUGAAGCCAGAGAACAUUCUCUUACACGACCACUUUCAAGCAAAGAUCUCCGAUUUUGGCCUUUCAAAGCUUCUAACUACUGAACAGUCUAGUCUAUUUACAACUAUGAGGGGCACGCGUGGCUAUCUCGCCCCAGAAUGGCUUACUAACUCUGCAAUCUCAGAAAAAACUGACGUCUAUAGUUUUGGAAUGGUACUACUUGAACUUGUGAGUGGAAGGAAAAAUACAUUACGACUGCAAAGCCAUAGCCUGAAUAACAGUAGCAGCGGUGGGGGUCAGUCAUCAUUGUCAUCUGGGUCAGCACUUGUUUAUUUUCCUCUAUUUGCUCUAGAGAUGCAUGAGCAGGGGAGGUACUUGGAGCUUGCUGACUGGAGAUUGGACGGACGGGUGACAAGUGAAGAGGUGGAGAAAUUUGUACGUGUCGCAUUGUGUUGCGUUCAUGAGGAACCGGCACUUAGGCCUAAUAUGAAUACUAUUGUUGGCAUGCUGGAAGGUGGGAUCCCUUUGGGUCGGCCAAAUUUGCAAUCAUUGAAUUUCUUGCGCUUUAUUGGGCGUGGAUUUACUGAGGCUUCUAUGAUAGAAGAGGGAACUGAGCAAAUUGAUCGUGUGUUGUAUCCAGAGGCGAAUGCUUCUCCUACAACAACAACAAUGGACUCGCGUAAUUACUUCUCUUACGUCUCUUCACAGCAAGUUUCAGGCCCAAGAUAGUGUUGAGUAGUUGAGCAGCUUGUGUAUAGUUAACCGUGAUGAGAAUUAAAUAUAUGUGAUUUGGAUUUUAAUUUUCUUUCUCACUCUAUAUUGGAAUCUACUGUAUAAUUCUUACAUCUUUCCACAAGGUUCAAGGUAUGUUGAAUGCUGUAAUUUGUGCAGUUCAUGUAAAGAGCUCUUUUGAGAAAGUAAUAUGACUUAAAUGUGUGGAAAUUAGAUGUAGCAGGUUUGUAUUACUUUGCCAUAAAUGUUAUUGUGAGAGAUUUCGGAGUA